AUGGAACCCUUGUUAUUCAAGGUUGAUAGGAUUUCUGAAGAGUUUAGUUGGACCUCAAUGAAAGGUAACAACACGUUACCCAGGUUCCUACAAAAUCCCAUGCUUCUAACGGCAGCCCAACUCGUCCGGUCAGCUUUUGACUAUGAUGUUAUUCCAGAUCUACUGUUUGGUUAUGGCAUGUAUGCGGGGUUUUACACCCAUGCAAUGUGGAAAAAGUCAGAUUUGGUCUGUGCUAUAACUUUUCGAAUCCAUUCAAGGGCUAAGGAGGUUUUUGGUGAAGUUCCUUACAUUGUUACAGCGGAGGAAUACUGUGGUAGGGGUUGUUUAAAGGUAAUGAUGGAAGAGUUUGAGUGCUUCUUAAAGACCUUUAGUGUGAAAAGGUUACUUAUGCCCUCACUCUCUACUAAAGUGGAUCUCUGGACCGAAGGCUUCGAAUAUGUAAAGAUUUCUGAAGAGGAUUUAAAUAAAAUCUUAGAAGAUGGUUCUGUUAUUGUUGAUUUUGAAAACACUGAGAUGUUAACCAAGGAGCUUUAA